AUGACAAUUCAUACGCCACGACCUAUCAAUGAGUAUCCUGUUCACGGUCUCAUGCCUAAGCAGGAUACCCAAGCUGCUAGCUUUAUGAAAAAAUACCCCAAAUAUGACGGUAGGAAUACUGUCAUUGCCAUUUUAGACACAGGUGUUGAUCCUGGGGCUGCUGGUAUGCAGGUCACUACGGAUGGCAAGCCGAAAAUUAUUGAUAUAGUAGACUGCACUGGUGGAGGUGACGUGGACACCAGCAAAGUUGUAAAAGCUAAAGUUGAAGAUGGUAAAAAAGUUAUUGAAGGCUUAAGUGGACGCAAACUUAUUUUGGGCGACGAUUGGAAAAAUCCGAGUGAUGAAUAUCAUAUUGGUCUUAAGCGCGCUUAUGAGCUGUUUCCUGAAGAGUUGGCCGCUAGAAUAAAGAAAGAACGACGCGAAAAUUUUAUUAAAAAGCAAGCUCACUUAUUAAGUGAAGCUCAGGCUCAGCUUGCCAAAUACAUUAAAGAAACCGAACAGGUUGACGAAAAGGAAAAAGCAGAAUUGGAAGCUCGAGUAGAAAUAUUAAAGGAGCUCGAUAAGAAGUAUGAGGAUCCUGGUAUUUUGUUGGACUGCGUUGUUUUCUUCGAUGGAAGCGACUGGAGAGCUGUCGUAGACGUAGAUGAAUCGGGUGAUCUAACAGCACAACCUUGCUUAACUAAUUAUCGCAAGGAAUUACAGUAUCAUACAUUUGGAAAAGCUGACUUACUUAACUUCUCCGUCAACAUUUACGAUAACGGCAAUAUUCUCAGUAUUGUAACAUUAUCAGGAAGUCACGGCACACACGUUGCCGGUAUCACAGCUGGUAAUUUUCCUGAUGAACCAGCUCUGAACGGUGUCGCUCCAGGUGCACAACUGAUCUCGCUUCGCAUCGGUGAUGCCCGUUUAGGGUCCAUGGAAACCGGCCCCGGUCUUACUCGUGCUGCUUCCCACCUUGCUAUGCAUAAAGUAGAUUUGGCAAAUAUGUCAUAUGGCGAAUCAAGCAGUUUGCCCAACGAAGGUCACUUUAUCAAAUUGUUGGCAGAGGAGGCCAUAGGUAAAUCAGGCUGCGUCUUUGUUACUAGCGCUGGUAAUGAUGGACCCUGCUAUAGCUCGAUUGGUGCCCCUGCCGGUUUGGAUGAAAGCUUCAUUACUGUCGGUGCUUAUGUAAAGCAUGCCCAAAUGCAAGCAGAAUAUGCUUUACUCGAGACUGUUGCAGAACGCCCUUAUACAUGGUCAUCUCGUGGUCCUACAACGGAUGGAUAUCAUGGCGUGGAUAUUUAUGCUCCAGGUUCUGCAAUUACCAGUGUUCCCGUCUAUGUGCUGAACAAGAUGGAUUUGAAGAAUGGCACCAGUAUGUCUAGUCCUAAUGCAUGUGGUUGUAUUGCGUUGCUUAUCUCUGCUCUUAAAGCCAACAAUUACACAUACACACCAUAUCGUUUGAAGAAUGCUGUUGUUCAAACCAGUAAAUCAGUUGAUGAUCCUCUUAAUGUUGGUUUUAUUCAAGUGGAUAAGGCUUGGGAAUACCUUGAGAAUUACAAAGAUCGUAAGGAUUUAGAUUUGUUGUUCAAAAUAACUGUUCAAAAAAGAGGAAGUAAGCGAGGUAUUUAUCUUCGUGAGCUUGAUGAAGUCAAUCAAGUUCAACAUAUCAUUACAAAAGUUACGCCUAAUUUUAUGCAGGAGCAAAAUCCUGAAUCUCCAAAGUAUAAUCAAGCCAAGUUUGAUUAUGAAGCCCGUGUUGCUUUGGUUGCUACAGAAUCUUGGAUUACUGCUCCUGAUUAUCUUUAUCUUCACUCCAGUGGCAACAGCUUCCAAAUCAGAGUUGAUCCUACUUCGCUGUCUGAAAGUGAAUUCCAUUACGGCGAAGUUCUUGGCUAUGAUACUGCUGCACCUGAACGUGGGCCUUUAUUCCGUGUACCGGUCUCUGUUGUUAAACCUACUGUUUGUAGUCAGGGUUUUAUUCAAUACACGAAUGUCGAAUAUGGACCUGGUGACAUCAUUCGUCGCUUCAUUCAAGUGCCUGAAGGCGCUACUAAUUGUGAACUGGUCAUUAGAGCUCGUACGCCGAAUAACGAAGGUGCCCCUGCCAGAUUUAUGCUUCAUCUUACUCAGCUCAUCCCCAAACAGAAUCAAAAGAAAAGACAUACUUUCAGUUUCAUUCUCGGCAAUGGAUCUUAUGCUGACCCCGAAUCAGAUGCUCAAAUCAUAAAGAAGCGAUUAUCUGUUCGUGGUGGUUUCAAUUUGGAAGUCUGUCUUGCUCAGUUUUGGUCUGGUCUGGGUAAGCAUGCUGUCGAUUUAAGUCUUAAUUUCCAUGGCGUUCAAGUUGCUGGAAAUCUUGCUCAAGGAGAAGGCGUUAUCCAUUUGGAACCCCAAGUAACACGUUUGGAUAUUUCCAGCCCUAUUCGCAGGGAGGACAACAUCAAUAUCAGCGUCAGCUUCAAUAAAUUGCGUAGAUAUAUUCGACCCCGUGAAGCCAUCAUAACACCCAUGUUACCCGAUCGUGAUACAUUACCUAGUACGCGUCUUUUAUAUCAACUCGUUUUGACUUAUCCAGUGAAAAUUGAGAAUAGCACUAAUAUUACCGCACGCUUUCCCACUGUAAUGUAUCAACUUUACGAGCAUUUUCUUGCCGGUGUUUUUGGCAUCAUUUAUGAUGUAAAUCAAAAAGUCAUUGGCUACUUGGAUGUUUUCGACCAUAAUAUUAAGAUCGAACAAAAAGGAGAAUACACAGUUACACUUCAGUUGUCUGUUGAAAAUGAAAGCGUAUUAGAAAAGUUGAAAGAUACUAUUUUAGAAUUGGACAUGGAUCUCAAGACUACCACAUUCAAUACUUAUCAAACUAAGGGUGAUGUAUACACCAAGGAUAGCUCCAAUUAUAGCAAGGUUAUAUUAGAACGCAAGGAUGCAAAGGCCUUUUACAUUGCUGCACCUACUGGCAAGGAUGCUAUUCCUAAAGAGGCUAAAGCAGGUGAUGCCCUUGUUGGUAGCUUAAAUUUCUUUCCUAAGGUUGAAGGAGGACAAUAUCAGGCUCUUUACAUUGUUCCUGCUCCUGUCCAAGAAGCUUCCGAAGGCAGUAGUCGCAAGAGCGAAAAGACACCCACUGAUGACGAGCUAUCCCAAAAGUUGAAGAGCCAGAUGUUCGACUUGGAGCUUUCUUAUUUGAAAAAGAUGUCUGCUGACUCUGAUGCCCAUAAAGAAUUACUAAAAAGAGUUGAAUCUGCUCAUACUGAUGAGAUUCCCUUCUUAGAGUAUAAGAUAAAUGCGGUGUGGUCAGCUUCUGCUGGAAAGAGCAGUGUUGAUUGCCUGAUUAAACCCGGUCAACUUACCGAAGAACAGUGUAAAGAAAUUGUAAAGAUUGCUGAUACCAUUCUUGCAAAGUUCAACGACAGUGAGUUGCUGGAAUACUAUGGUCGCCAAAAGCCUGAAGAGGAGUCAGAUGAGGAGAAGGAAAAGCGGAAGGAGAAUACCGAGAAAAAGAAACAGAUUAUCAAUGCCUUGAGGAAUAAAGCUAUGGCAUAUGCUUCUGUCUUGAAGGAGGAUCAUUAUACUGAAGAACUUGACCAAACCCUCAAGGCCUUACAUUAUUGGACCUCUGAAGACGUUACCAACAAUUUGGGAGCAUUGCUUGUCAAGGUCAAGCGUGAUCGUGUUGCAGGCCGUUUUGGCAAUGCUUUAAAGUCAGUGCAAAAAUAUCUCUCUGAAGCAGCCCUAAAUAUUGACAAUAAUAAGGAUGUUAGCAAGGUUUGGAAAAUACGUAAUGAAAUUCUAAAGCAAAUAGGCUGGUCACUUUGGGCUGAUUACGACGACAAAUGGAGUUUGAUUAGACAGCCACCAUAUGGUAGAGCUUUGUUUUAA